AUGCAGGCCAUAAAGUGCGUUGUGGUAGGUGAUGGUGCUGUCGGUAAGACGUGUCUUCUGAUCUCAUAUACCACAAAUGCAUUUCCUGGGGAGUAUAUACCAACAGUGUUUGACAACUAUUCUGCUAAUGUAAUGGUAGAUGGUCGUCCAAUCAACUUGGGCUUAUGGGAUACGGCAGGACAAGAGGAUUAUGAUCGACUACGUCCUUUAUCCUAUCCUCAAACUGAUGUGUUUCUCGUUUGUUUUUCACUCGUCAAUCCAGCUAGCUUCGAAAACGUUCGCGCAAAAUGGUAUCCCGAGGUUUCACACCAUUGCCCUACAACACCCAUUAUUCUUGUUGGAACAAAAGCUGAUUUGCGCGAUGAUAGGGAAACUAUUGAAAGGCUUCGGGAACGCAGACUGACACCGAUAAGCCAAACCCAGGGACUGGUUAUGGCGAAAGAGAUCAAAGCUGUUAAGUAUCUCGAAUGUUCUGCUCUUACUCAACGGGGUUUGAAGCAGGUUUUUGAUGAGGCUAUUCGCGCUGUCUUAUGUCCGCCUCAGAAGCCGAAAAAGAAGAAGUGUUCGAUCUUGUAA